UCUCCCUCUUUCCCUUCUCCAUUGAAGCACAGUUCACUAUGAUCGGACUCGCCUUCAGCACUGCAAGCCGGGGGGAUUUCGUGCAUCAUUCCAGGGUGUUUUUCUUGCAAGCCUUGCUUUGGAUUUUAUGUGCUACCGGGUGCAGAACGGAGCAGUAUUUCAAUGUAGAGGUGUGGUUACAAAAGUACGGCUAUCUUCCACCAACUGACCCCAGAAUGUCGGUGUUGCGCACUGCAGAGACAAUGAAAUCUGCGAUAGCUGCUAUGCAGCAGUUCUAUGGCAUUAACAUGACAGGAAAAGUGGACAGGAAUACAAUCGACUGGAUGAAGAAGCCUCGUUGUGGUGUGCCUGAUCAGACGAGGGGCAACUCCAGAUUUAAUAUUCGUCGAAAGCGAUAUGCAUUAACAGGACAGAAGUGGCAACACAAACAUAUCACUUACAGCAUAAAGAACGUCACUCCAAAAGUAGGAGAUGCUGAAACCCGUAAAGCUAUUCGCCGUGCCUUUGAUGUGUGGCAGAAUGUAACCCCUCUGACAUUUGAGGAAGUUCCUUACAUUGAACUUGAGAAUGGCAAGAGAGACGUGGAUAUUACUAUCAUUUUUGCAUCAGGUUUUCAUGGAGACAGCUCUCCCUUUGAUGGGGAGGGAGGAUUUUUGGCUCACGCUUACUUUCCUGGGACAGGAAUUGGGGGAGACACUCAUUUUGACUCAGAUGAGCCAUGGACUUUGGGAAACCCUAAUCAUGAUGGAAAUGAUCUGUUUCUAGUUGCAGUUCAUGAACUGGGACACGCCCUAGGCUUGGAGCAUUCAAAUGAUCCUACUGCCAUCAUGGCUCCAUUUUACCAGUACAUGGAAACCGACAACUUCAAACUACCUAAUGAUGAUUUGCAAGGAAUCCAAAAGAUAUAUGGUCCACCUGACAAAAUCCCACCACCAACCAAACCUCUGCCAACAGUGCCCCCCCACCGUUCUGUCCCGCCAGCAGACCCACGGAAGAAUGACAGGCCGAAACCUCCCCGGCCGCCCACGGGAGACAAGCCUUCCUACCCUGGUGCCAAACCCAACAUCUGUGAUGGAAAUUUUAACACUCUAGCCAUUCUUCGCCGGGAAAUGUUUGUUUUCAAGGAUCAGUGGUUUUGGCGUGUCAGAAAUAACAGGGUGAUGGAUGGAUACCCCAUGCAGAUUACCUACUUCUGGAGGGGACUUCCUCCAAGUAUUGAUGCAGUUUAUGAAAACAGUGAUGGAAAUUUUGUUUUCUUUAAAGGUAACAAGUUCUGGGUCUUCAAGGACACUACUCUCCAACCAGGGUAUCCCCAUGAUUUGAUAACAUUGGGCAGCGGGAUUCCACCACAUGGUAUUGAUUCAGCAAUUUGGUGGGAGGACGUUGGGAAAACCUACUUCUUCAAAGGAGAUAGAUACUGGAGGUACAGUGAAGAUAUGAGAACUAUGGAUGCUGGUUACCCAAAACCAAUCACAAUCUGGAAAGGUAUCCCAGAAUCACCUCAGGGAGCCUUUGUCCACAAAGAAAAUGGCUUCACAUAUUUUUACAAAGGCAAAGAAUACUGGAAAUUCAACAACCAGAUGCUCAGGGUGGAGCCUGGAUAUCCCAGAUCCAUCCUCAAGGAUUUUAUGGGUUGUGAUGGACCAGCAGACCGGGACAAAGACCGACACAGCCCUCAAGAUGAUGUAGACAUUGUCAUCAAACUGGACAACACAGCCAGCACUGUGAAAGCCAUAGCCAUUGUCAUUCCCUGCAUUUUGGCCCUGUGCCUCCUUGUCUUGGUUUACACUGUGUUCCAGUUCAAGAGGAAAGGAACACCCCGCCACAUACUGUACUGCAAACGCUCUAUGCAAGAGUGGGUGUGAUGUAGGGGUUUGUUUCUCUCUCCCAGGAGUAUGUGGUAACUUGAGAUUCAACAAAAGAGCUGUUAUGCGGUUUCCUACCUAGGAGCAGGCAUCCGUCCGCCUCGACCAGGGCUGAUCUUUAAAACCCGGGGGGGCUGCCUGCCCUGCACACGAGCGAGAGUUCACUCCAGUGGGAAGCUUCCAUCAUACACAGUAUCUGCCGUUUCUCCAGUCCUUUGUCUUUCUUUGUCAUUCGGUUCUAGCCUUUCCUCUGCACGCUCAAUACCCAAUGCAAAACUAUCAGGAUUUCCACAAAGAAGAGGAAAUAGAACAACGAUAACGACAACAAACCUGAAAAGAUGAAUCUCCAGUGUCUCUAUUGGGGGUUCUUUUGCCCUCGCUAAAGCCUGCUCCCCUUCGAAAGAGUUUUGCGUGAGGUUUUAAAAAAGAAAAGAAAAAAAUGUAAUCAGUUUUGUUUUGUUUUUUAAGAGAAAAGAUAUAGCAACUAUACCACAAGAAUCACAAUGGAACUUUCAGUAAGUGUGA